AAAUAACUAAAAACAGUUAAUAUAAUGGCUUCAUUGUUUGAUGAUGAUAUUUCAGAUAUGUUAGCGGCCGAUCCUGGCCCUGCUAAAGAAACUAGAGAUGAUAGUCAUGACAGUGUGUACCAACUGUCAUCAAGUCUACGACGAUUUGGCAUAACAAAGCUGCCACCUGCGGAAUCCGGUAAGGCGCUUUUAGAAGCACUUACAAAGGACACUUUGUGGCCAGUAACGCUGGAAUCUGGUCUAAAAGUGGAUAUAUACCUAUGGAACUAUGUUGUCAAUGAGCUUUCGAAAGGAGUAGAUGUUACCAACGUAUUGACCGGGGUAUACAAUUGGUCUUAUUACCAGGAGAAGCUGAAAAUUGAAUCGAAUUUAGAUAGAACACAAGAAGUGUUCAUAUACAAUGUACUCAAGGAUGUGCCAAUGAUACAUUACUCCCGAAAUAAAAAGAAAUUCACAUGCGACUUUACACCAAACGAUAGCUCCUCUGUUGUAGAAAUACGAUAUGAACUGGCACUAGAAAAAAUAAAGCGAAGCAAUAUACAUGUAACAACGGUGGAUGCAAUAUCAAGAUCCUGUACAACUGAACAAAAUAUAGUUGGCAUCCUGGGUCUUGAUAAAAAAGGUGAUAUGUCACUCAAAGGCGCAUUGACACAGCUUCGAUUAAUAAUAACAGAUGAAACUAUAAUAUGCAGUGGGAUAUAUUGCCCAUGCAACACUGUUAUCGUGAGAGGAGUUAUAGAGCCUUAUACGGACUCUAUACGGUGCAUCGAGAUUAAGCAACCACCACCGUUUAUAGAUAUUGAUGUACCAGACUGCUUUGGCGGCACAUUGACAAGAGAUAAUGUGUUGUACCUAGAACGACGGUUUCAACACAAAUUUGAGCAUGGAGCGUCUGAGCGAUGGGUGGUUUUAUCAGAGCUAUUCCUAGACAACGAAGACGUCCUAAAUUCAUUUGAAGUGCUCCUAGAUACAUUUCUGGAUUUAUACCAAACUGAUGGAUUCCCAAUAGGCAUCAUCAUUAUGGGCAAUUUCAAUUCCCAGGGCUUCAACCUCACGGGGAACACGAACCAUUAUGCCGACGGAUUUGACAAGUUAUAUGUGUUGCUCAUGAAAAGCAAGUUUAGAGCAUUACUAAUCAGUGUGAAUUUCAUUCUAGUGCCAGGAACCAAAGAUGCAACACCAUCUAGCACAAUGUUGCCCAUGCCGCCACUACUCGCGGGGUACACCUCAAAUAUCGCUAAUCGCAUUAAAGCUUCUAUAGGAAGCAACUCUAAAUUUAUGGUUGCCACAAACCCUUGUAGGAUACGCCAUCUAAGUAAACGGAUGAUAUUUUGCCGUAAUGACGUGUUAAGGAAACUACUAGGCUCGGCAUUACUAACAACGGGAACUGCCAUGAAUACGACACCACCGCAUGAACUUGUGAAUAUGCUGACACACAGCAUAUAUGGCCAAGGGCAUAUAUGCCCCAACAAACCAGGAACGAAUACAAUACUGAAACACGAUGCGACGUUGCUGCUGUACCCACAACCAGACUUGAUAUGUAUCUCUGAUUUGUCAUCCCCGCCUUUUGCGGAUGCCAAAGGAUCCACGGUAUUCUGCAACGUUGACCCGUUCCACAAAGCAAAGUCGUUCCUCUCAUACGAUGCCAUAUCUGGAAAGUGCCAAAAAUUCUCCCUUUGAGAAUAUCCAAGAUAGUAUUGUUUUGACUGGAAAACACAGUUUUUAAUAUU